AAGAAGCAGUGGAUCUGCACAGCGCCUCUACCGUCGCCCUCCCCUACAGUAUCUGUUUAAAUGAGUGUGUGUCACAGAACGGGCCGCUCUGUUAUGGAGGACUAACCGACUGAAAACACUGCACAGCGCCUCUUCUGCCUCGGACUGAGGCCGGGAGGCUGUGGAACACGUCUGCUCCUCAUAUUUUCUCUCAUCCUGAUUUUGGAUCAUCGUGCUUCUAUGGGAUCGGAAGGCGCAUCGCUUGCUCACCGACAGGACGUGGGACUGCCUCCCUAAUAAUUAUUUAUCUCGGCCUUUUCUGCGUCGCAGCUUUGGGAGAAAACGUGAUUAAGCGACAGGGAACAGCGUGUUGAUCAUGGAUUGAUGCCCGAGUGAAUUCUCGUCUAAAAGGUUCCCAAUGUUGAACAUGUCCACCCCCAGUGAGCUGAAGUCUCCCUGCAUGACUUGCAAUGGUAUGGUGAAGUUGGCCCCCAGCCAGCCUAAUGGUCUGGGUAGUGCGAGUAUCACAAAGGGGACACCUGCUGCUAAGAACCGCCUAUGCCAGUCCUCCUCUGUACCAUCCAUUUUGCCUCCUCCACCGUCCUCUCUUCCCUACCAUUACCAUCUGCACCAUUUGGACAGCCCUGGGAUGCACCAUACAGCAGCACCUCUCCUGCCCUCUGACCUGGAGCCAGGGAAACCUCUGGUGGGCCUGAAGCCCUCUCUUCGUCAGCUUCCCCCUCUCACUUUGCCCAAACCUGUGCUGCUAGAGCGUCAGCUAGUCCUGGAUGAGAAGCUCCUUAACCAACUACUCUGGUACUUCACCACAGCAGAAAAAUGUGUGCUGGCGCAAAUAUGCAAGACAUGGCGCAAGGUGCUGUACCAACCUAAGUUUUGGGAGGGUGUGACGCCCAUCUUGCAUGCCAAGGAGCUUUACAACAUACUAACCAAUGGGGAGAAGCUGUUUGUCAGCCUGCAGGCCUUUGCUCUGCGUGGCUUCCAGUCGUUCUGUUUAGUGGGGGUUUCGGACCUCGACAUCUGUGAGUUUAUUGACAACUACCCGCUGUCCAAGAAGGGGGUUCGUUCUCUCAGCCUCAAGAGGUCUACUAUCACAGAUGCUGGUUUAGAGGUCAUGUUGGAACAAAUGCAAGGCCUGAUGCACCUUGAGCUGUCAGGGUGCAACGACUUUACAGAAGCUGGCCUGUGGUCCAGUCUCAAUGCCAGGCUAACCUCCCUCAGCGUCAGUGACUGCAUCAAUGUGGCUGAUGACGCCAUCGCUGCUAUAUCCCAGCUCCUGCCCAACCUAUCGGAGCUGAGCCUGCAGGCCUACCACGUCACUGACACAGCCAUGGCCUAUUUCACAGCCAAACAGGGCUACACCACCCACACUCUACGGCUCCAGUCCUGCUGGGAGAUCACCAACCAUGGUGUGGUAAACAUGGUCCACAGCCUUCCCAACCUGACUGCUCUCAGCCUCUCGGGCUGCUCCAAGAUCACUGAUGAUGGUGUGGAGCUGGUGGCAGAGAACCUCCGAAAGCUACGCAGCCUGGACUUGUCAUGGUGCCCUCGGAUCACAGAUAUGGCCCUGGAAUACAUCGCCUGUGAUCUGCACAAGCUGGAGGAACUGGUGCUAGACAGGUGUGUGCGAAUCACUGACACAGGGUUGGGCUACUUGUCCACAAUGUCCUCACUAAGAAGCCUUUAUCUUCGCUGGUGCUGUCAGGUGCAAGAUUUUGGUCUGCAGCAUUUGUUUGGAAUGAGAAGUCUUCGUCUACUGUCUCUAGCAGGCUGUCCCCUGCUGACCACAACUGGGCUGUCAGGCCUCAUCCAGCUGCAGGAGCUGGAAGAACUGGAGUUGACCAACUGUCCCGGAGCCACUGCUGAGCUCUUCAAAUACUACGCCCAGCACCUCCCCCACUGCAUGGUCAUUGAAUAAGACCGCCAAACCCUCAUCAGACACACCACCAUACUUAAAGCUUCAUCCUCUUCAGUCCCUCCUCAUUCUUUUCACACCAAGCUGUUUCUGCAUCGAUCCUCCUCUCCUGGCCCAACUCUUCACCCAUCUUUCCCCUCCGCCACCUGAACGGACUUCCUCGCUGGCAGAAUGAGAGGCAGGAAGGUACAUGAUGGGAUGUGCCAUAUGCAGAGGACAAAGGCAUUCUGUCUGAGCUUAAUUUAAGAAGAUGCUGGAGUGAAGAACUUGGCGUGACAUCUUGUCUGAAAAAGUUUCUUUUUCACAAGCAACAGAAGGCUGUUAGUUCUGGAACAGAGCCUCUCUAUAGACUUGGAUGGAGUUUCUUUUAUUGUAAGAAUACAAAAGGGAGAAAGUGCUGACCCAGAUGGAACCAAGAGUUGGUUAAAGACUUUUUGUUUGAUGAAGA